CUACCAUCGAGAAAUUCGUAAAUCAAAGUGGUCUAAUAUGCUUCUGCGUCUAAGCGUAAGUCAUACAGAGCGUACCAUUUAAAACGUCAACAGGAUCGCAAUCUGUAACCCGCGGCAGUAGUCAAAAUCACCCUGGUUGCCAGACCACUGCUCACGGCAGGUCAGUACGAACACGGAAUGUUCACGAUCAGUACAGCGGUUCAUGACAACAAAGCACCGACUGGAAACAACAAAUUUCUUGCGUUCAUCGAACGACAAAACAACUGAAACUGAGGCCGAACCCAUUUCAUUUACAACAAUAGGACAGUGAAGAAUAAUAAUUCAAUAUUGCCAUUGGUUUCAUCGUUUUGUGGGUCAACGCGUUCAUUCAGAUACAGUUGCGGUUUCUUUGUAUCGUAACUUGAAACAAUGAAACUUUUAUAUAUCGUUUUCGUGACUGUCAUAUUGUCACGUUGUAAUUGUGAGGAUGUACGAAUGAUGUGUCCAGGUGAAAAUGUGAGUGCUUUUGAUUUUACUUGUACAGGAAGAAGUGAUUGUGAUUGGGAACCAAGAAACUUCACCUGGAUGAAUCUGAAUCAAGAUACAGGGAAAGUUACGCUUCAGUUCAGGGCAUUUGACAGAUUAUGCAAAGGAGACUAUUAUUUUAUUCUGCAGGCAUUUGAGAAUGUAACAAAAGACGAAUGUAAAGGGAUUGUUUUUGGACACUCACAUGUUGCAGAAGAUGAAUGUGGUGUCCUUGCCUCGGCUCAUUCAGUAAGAAAGGGCAGGGUCAAAGAAGGAAACCUAUCAAACAACAUUUUUCCAAACUGUGAAAAGACAUUGAAUAUAACAUUUAAUUUGAUAUACAGAGGCUGCUAUAGAUUACAAAUUGAGAAAGAAUAUAAUGGGGAAGUGCAAAUGUUUUGCUCAUCACCUGUAUUCUUAGACACCAAAUUCACGAAGGAGAAUAUUUUCAAAAGAAAUGACUUGAUUAUCAUUUCUGCGUAUAAUUCAAAACUCAAUCGCAUGGAGCAUACUGUAAGCGGUAUCAGUGGAAUGCAUGUUUCGCUAAUGGAACUUACAGCAGGGGCAUGUCAACCAGAAGAAAGCUGUGAUGCUUGUACUACAAAUGGAAUACUCAAUGUGUGGUUGAUGGGUCAUAAUUUGGCCGGAGAGUUUAAAUGUAUGAAAGGAAACACCUCUUCAAAUUGUUCAUUGAUAGGAGGGAAUGAGAUAAAGUGCGUAACGGAGAAUGUCGAUAAUCGACCUCAGUGUAUGUGGGUAAAACUUUAUUCUCAUCCAUGUAGAGGCAAUGGAGUUUGGCACAAUACUGCUAUAAAUAAUCAUAAUCAUUGGUGUCAGUGGAAUAGCCCUCCUGGUAAUGUAAAUCCAGUGAUUGAGAUGCCUGCAUUAGUUGAAAGUGAUCAUUGUGAAGUAAUAAUAUUUGCAUCAGUAAUUGCCUCCAUUUUGGUAGUUUGUUUAUUCAUAAUGGUAGUCAUCUUGAGAAAGAAGCUUUUGAAAUGCUUGCAUUAUGCACCUGUACAACAUCAACAACAACAAUUACAACAAUUUGAGCCUGUAUUGCCACAAGUACUUCUUCUAUAUCCUCGUGACUGUGAACCAUUUAUGAAGCUGAUGGUGACUCUGAGAAAUAUGUUACGAGAAGUAAUGAAAUGUAAGGUAUACGACUGUUUCGAUCACACGCUUGCAGAAGAAAUAGCAACUGGUGCAGCUGAGUGGCUGAACAGACAUCUAGAAUGUGAUAACAUGAAAAUUGUGGUCAUAGAGAGCGAGUGUGCAGUUUUGCAUCAGAAGGCACUUUUCCAAGGCAUUAGAGUUUUCUACCAAAAUCCAGCAUGGCUAGAUGAUAUCUUCAUACAUGGGCUGAAGGAAUUAGCAAAUGAUAAAAGAAGCAAUCAGUAUAAUAGGUUUUUUGUUGUUUGUGUUCAUGGAUUUACUGAUGAAAAUAAUGGGUUGAGCAUCAUAACCUCAAAUACCAGAUAUGUAAUACCACAGCACAUCAAAGAGCUGAUGACCAGUUUGUACAGGCAGCCAGACCUUGAAUACACUGAGCAUCUGCAUGCAAUUUUGAAAGACAUCCAAGCCCUGGCAGAGUAUAAAGUAAAUAAUAUGGAUUAUAUGAACCAGCUGUUGAUAAGAGCAGACUGAAAUAUCAAAGCCUUCUUCUUCCCCUCUCCCCUAUUACAGACACAUUUAUUGCAGUAUUAUAUAGCAGUGUCUUAAUCUAUAUGUAUGAUUUGACUUCAUGUAAGUUUUAAUUUUUAAAUGUUUUAAAAUCAUCAGACGUGUUGUAAAAUGUCCAGACUUGAAUAAGGGAUGCAGAAAUAAUGGAGUCAAUGUUGUUGCUUACUACAUGGAAGACUUAUUAAUUACGCACAAACAUUUAUGUAUAAUAAAAGACUGAUAUUGUUAUGA